AUGGAGGACCAACUCUUCAGCCCCAGCGCCGCCGCCCAACUGUUCGACCUGCCCCUCUCGUCUGGCGGUCCCAUUGGCUUUUCCCCUUCUAUCGACAUGACCAGCUCCCUGCCUCUCACCUUUGGCGACAGCAUCGACGCUCCUGCGUUCAUGCUCGAGAUCCAGCGCAAGCGUGCCGACACCGUCACCACCCUUAAGCCCGACUUUGAUUUCAAAGACGACUUCGGUCUUGACAGCGCCGCAAUCUUCUCCGACAGUCCUCAGCGUCCCCGCGCCGCUCAGCGCCUCUCUCUCACCCCUUCCGUCGCCAGCUCGGCUGCUUCCACCGCUUCCGAAUUUGACUAUAGCGGAUUCGACAGCGAAGCAGACCAGAGCAAUGCUGCCUCCCCCGCCACCGAUGAUGCUUGUGCUGGCCCGUGGAGCGAGUCUUCGUUUAGCCCCUUCGAUGUGUCUGCCUCGAUCCAGACCGCUCUCGACCGCAUCGGCUUCGAGUCUCCGAUCGGAGAUGCCAAGGACGCUACCAUCCGCGCCAGCCACUUCAACCUCUCGUCCAACUUCAGCUUUCACGAAUUUAUCGAAGACGUCGAACAUUGCGCACAGAAGUUGCCUUCCUCUGCCAGCACCGACUCCUUCCCCGCUAGCGACGUUCCCGCCUCCAUCUUUGUCGCCUCUCAGAUGCCCGUCUCGCCUCUGAGUGGCGGCGAAGCUGCGAACGAGUGUGGUCACGGUCAUGGCCACGCCAGGUGCAGCGCCAGCGAGUCCAGCCUCGGUCUCUUUGGAAGUGCUGACGUCAACACUGUGCUUACGGCUACGCACACUUACCCCGUCAACUCGUUCAUGGGCCACAAUAGCGGGGCGUAUCCCAUGGUCUUCUCUCAAAGCGCCCCCGAUGCCGCUUGGUUCCAUCCGCACGGCUCGCCAUGCCCCUCGUCGCCCAGCAGCGCGCGCAGUUCGUCUCCCUUCCCUGCCUUUGGCAUGAAUGGCGCUCUGCCCUCGGUGCUGGCUUCGCCUCCUUCGCGACAGAUCCAGAUCCAGCACAUCCCGGCCCAGGCUCCCGGUGGUGGCAUGCUGCCCAAGGGCAUGAGCCUAUACAGCCACUUUGCCCACCUCGCCAACCCGUACGCCGGUCUCAUCACCAAGCGCUCGCGUGGACGUCGCGUGCCCAACAAGCCCGAGGAGAUGAACAACCUCGGCAAGAGCGGCAAGGUGUACACGUGCAAGGUGCCCGGCUGUGGCAAGUGCUUCAAGCGCAGCGAGCACCUCAAGCGUCAUGUUCGCUCCAUCCACACCGACGAGAAGCCCUUCAUCUGCCCUCACCCCUCGUGCAACAAGCGCUUCAGCCGACACGACAAUCUCAACCAACAUGCCCGCGUCCACACUUCGAUGGGCGGCAUUGCUGGUGUCGGCGGCGAAGAGUCGUACGAUGCUUCUUCGGUCCACCCCAUGUCGCACCACAACCUCGCUCUUUCCCACCCCAUGGUACUCACUGCGGCUCCUCAGGGCGGUGUCUCGAUCGCGUCUGGCCCGAGUGCCCAGAUCAAGCAAGAGUAG